AUGGCACCCCAACAUGUCACGACCAUCCUGUUAGCAGAGUUCGAUAUCGACCAGGGCUCGACCUUGACACAUCAGUACCCAACCAACAUCACCUCGGACAACCAUGUACUGGCAGAGCUCAUGUUGCCUGACGGUGCCCAUCUAAGGCCGGCUGACUGGACAAUCUUUUUCUUGAAUCAGGCGAAGCCAGCUCCCUGGAACGGCAACAAUGCAUUGACGGAUGAAGUCGAGAAUCCUCUUCUUUAUGUCCUGAAUUUGGUCCGUACCAAUCACGAUGCUUCCAUUCGCAGAGGUGCUGCAGUGAAGGCAAUGGCGAUUUGUACCACCCACCAGUACCUGCAUCCUGUGCUCUUGCUUGCGCUCGAAAACUACUUCAAGGACCCGUCCGUCGAAGUAUUAAAGACAUUGUAUGAGUCCGUCAACUCUAUGGAGCUCAGCCCACCGGACCUUUCGCCAUAUGAGCGCAUGAUUUUGAGAUCAUCAGACAACAAGGAACUGUUCAUUGAAAAGUUUGAGGCAGCCACAGGGGCGAGCGAAGAUGCGCCAGGCAAGGUUGAUAUGACGUAUGGACUGGGAAUUGUCGUGGGACAAGCGCCUCUCAAAGGCAAGGAGGGAGGUGCAGCAACAGCCUUGGCAGCAGCAACAGCGGCGAUGGCCAAGAACAGAGAUUGUCAAUUUUAUGAAACCAAGGUCGUCUACGACGGGAUCAAGAUUCCCAUCAGAGUGCCACUCAGCAUCAACCCUGAAGAAGUUGGAGAGUUCUCAUUGAUCAAGCUCAUUACAACCUUCAGUCCAGCAUCGCCUUCGCCCAAUUCGCAUCCAUUUCACGCACAUCUGGACUCAAAUGGACCGAACACACACCCCAUCAUGCUCCUAAUGAAUGCGCUCUUGACAGGAAAGAGGAUCAUCUUUUUGGGUAACGGGCACCCCGCAGGAGAUGUUGCCAACUUCGUCUUGGCCGCAUGUGCUCUCGGAAGCGGCUCAGGAGGUGUACUGCGCGGAUUUCCUGAACGCGCUUAUCCCUACACGAACUUGGCAGGCAUUGAUCAUCUUUUGACAUGCAAAGGAUUCAUCGCCGGUGUGACCAAUCAACUUUUCGAGGACCGCACAGCAUGGUGGGAUGUACUCUGCAAUAUCGACACUGGGAAGAUCACCGUCAGCAAGGACAUCACGCCGAUGCCUGCCAUGGUAUCUCAAGGCUCCGGAUCCUAUGACGAUACACGGCCUAUCGCGAUCUUCAGCGGUGCACCCACUAGUCAACCAAGCGGCAAAUACGACAAUGGCGACAAUGAAUUCAUGACAGAUAUACUGAAUGCGAUUCAGGCACAUUAUGGAGAGACAGUAAUUCGGGCGAAAUUCCAAGACUAUGUCACACGGUUCGUUCAGUUGGCAUCGCAAUAUGAAGAACAAACAUAUGGCCAGACUACCAUUGGUCUCAACCGCGUCAACACACCAGAGUCCACAAAGUACCUGGGUACGGGACUCGUCUUUGCGGAUGAGACUUCAAGAGCUCGUGAGAUCGCCGCGAAUGCAAGCAGAAUCGAGGGCUGGAGAGCAACAACUAGCUAUACGUAUCUCCAGGAGGAUCAUAAAGCUUGGCUAUCAUCAAGAUCUAUCAAGUGCAUGGAUGUCAAGCGCGUUAUUUCGCUACUUAAAUUGGCAAGGACGUUAUCUCCACAGGAUGUCUCAACAUUAUUCAAGGGAUUUUUGCAAAACAUUUCCACGGACGAACAAAUUAUUGAGUUCUUGUCCAGUCUUCCAUUAUCUCAAGGCGGAUUAUUCUGUAUCGCCUAUGGGCUCUUCCAUCCAAUGGUCAGUGUCCGCAAUGACACUAUAGCAUUCUUUAAUCGGCUGAACCAGCAUCCAACAGGAAGAGUUUACAUCAAAUCACUUAAUCAGUUCGAGAGAAACACUUAUGAACGUCUGGCAAGGGAAUAUGCUGUGCAGGAGGAGAACUCUAUUAAGCAACACCACUACGCCCGACUCUCUGCAUCUGCAGGGUCUAUCAGCUCUGCCUCUGCUUAG